AUGGCACCUUCUCUGGAGGAGCCGACCGCUGCCUACCUUGAGGCGCGGUCGAAGAUGGCCCCGAAUCUGGUGGCUCCUGAGCCAGAACAUUGUCCUGGUCCCGAGUCCGAACAAGCAGGCAAAGGCGAUGCCUGUGCAGGGUGUCCCAAUCAAUCGAUCUGCGCAUCUGCCCCCAAAGGUCCUGACCCCGAUAUCCCCAUCAUCACCGAACGGCUAUCGCAAAUACGACACAAAAUCCUUGUACUCUCUGGCAAAGGCGGUGUCGGAAAAUCUACUUUCACCUCCCUUCUCUCCCACGCAUUCGCCGCAAAUCCUGAAUCGACUGUGGGUGUAAUGGAUACCGAUAUCUGCGGGCCGUCGAUACCGAAAAUGAUGGGCGUCGAGGCGGAGACCAUCCACGUGAGCAAUGCAGGCUGGAGUCCGGUGUGGGUUACGGAUAAUUUAGCCACGAUGAGCGUGCAAUUCAUGCUGCCCAAUCGGGAUGAUGCGGUGAUCUGGAGAGGGCCGAAGAAGAACGGACUCAUUAAACAAUUCUUGAAGGAUGUGGAUUGGGGCGAGAUGGAUUACUUGGUCAUUGAUACACCCCCGGGGACAUCGGACGAGCAUCUGUCCGUCAACUCUCUGCUCAAGGAGUCCGGUGUAGAUGGCGCAGUAGUUGUCACUACCCCACAGGAGGUCUCGUUGCUCGACGUCAGGAAGGAAAUAGACUUUUGCCGCAAGGCAGGCAUUCGCAUCCUGGGGCUAGUCGAGAACAUGUCUGGCUUCGUGUGCCAAUCGUGCAACACUGAGACCCAGAUCUUCCGGGCUACCACCGGGGGCGGAAAGCGACUCGCCAAGAAGAUGGGCAUUCCUUUCCUGGGCGCUGUGCCUCUUGACCCGCGGGUAGGCAUGGCAUGUGACUAUGGUGAGAGCUUCGUGGAUCAUUAUCCCGACAGCCCAGCAUCGAUUGCGAUCAAGCAAGUUGUCCGCUCGGUUGCUGGGAUGAUUGGAGAGGAUCCCAACGACGUGCUGCCGGAGGAUGCGGCAGAGUGA